AUGGAGGCAGCCAACGGCAGCUCCGAGGAGGGCUUCCUGCUGCUGGGCUUCUCAGAUCAGCCCCGGCUCGAAGGAUGCCUGUUCAUCAUCAUUUUGCACUUUUACAUCUUGAACCUUCUGGGCAAUGCGGCCAUCAUCCUGGUGUCCUGUGUGGAUGCCAGACUCCACACGCCGAUGUAUUUCUUCCUCAGCAACCUGUCCUGCGUGGACAUCUGCUUCACCACCAGCGUGGCCCCCCAGCUGCUGGUCACGAUGAGGAAGAAAAUCAAGAACAUGAGUUACGGCGGGUGUGUGGCCCAGCUCUACGUGGCUAUGGGGUUGGGGUCCUGUGAGUGCAUUCUGCUGGCGGUCAUGGCGUUCGACCGCUAUGCUGCAGUCUGCCGGCCACUGCACUACACCACCAUCAUGCACCCGAGGCUCUGCGUGGCCCUGGCCGGCACAGCGUGGCUCAGCGGCCUCGUCACCUCCCUCAUCCAGUGCUCCCUCACCGUGCAACUGCCCCUCUGCGGUCAUCGCCAGCUGGACCACAUCUUCUGUGAGGUGCCGGUGCUCAUCAAGCUGGCCUGCGUGGACACCACAUUCAACGAGGCAGAGCUCUUCGUGGCCAGCGUGGUGUUCCUGGUCAUCCCUGUGUCACUCAUCCUGGUCUCCUACGGCUUCAUAGCCCGGGCCGUGCUGAGGAUCAAGUCGGCCGCCGGGCGCAGGAAAGCCUUCGGGACCUGCUCCUCCCACCUGCUGGUGGUCGUCAUUUUCUAUGGGACCAUCAUCUUCAUGUACCUGCAACCAGCCAGAAGCAGCUCCAAGGACCAGGGGAAGUUUGUCUCUCUCUUCUACACCAUCGUCACUCCGCUGCUGAACCCCAUCAUCUACACUCUGAGGAACAAGGAUGUGAAAGGGGCCCUGAGGGCCAUGGUCAGAGGACAGGCUUUCAGGUCAGGAAAGUUGUGA